AUGGUUAAACCUGGCAUUAGCAACAUAUAUAAAAGGACAUAUACAACUUUAAUAAAGAAUUUUACUUCAAAAGAAGUUGGUAGUGGGAAUGGUCCCUUUAUUCAAUUACCCAAACUAACAAGCUAUCAUAAUAUGAUUUUGUUAAAUAUUCCUUCAUUUACAACAAUAUAUGGCAAUUUAAGAAAUAUAUCUAUGCUAGAUAUUUCCAAAAAAGAUAUGCCUGGACUUUACUUAUCCAACUUAAAAGAUUCAAAUCUAACGGAGUUUCACACAAAUAAUAACCCUGUUAACUUAAUAUUAUCACUCACAAAUAAUAAAGAAUCAUUGAAAGUCAUUAAUUUAGAUACAUCUUCAAAUGGUCUAGUAGUUCCAGAUUUAAAGAAUUCAGUAAUUUAUUAUUCUGGUGAUUUAACUUUAAAUCAUGAUAUCAAGAAAAUUACUGGGUUUGGCGUUCUCGUAAUUAAGGGGAGCGAUAACAUUUUUGCCAAAACAUUAAAAGAAGAUGAAUCAAUAACUAUUAGAGCUGAAUGUGUUCUUGCCUAUGAUGAUACUUUGACGUUACAAAUAAAUGAUAAGCCUAAAGUAAGUCUAAGGGAACAAAUAUUUAAAAAGGGAUAUUUCUUUGGAAAUAAAAAUGAAUUUAUAAAAGCAAGUGGACCUGGUAAUAUAUACCUACAAAAUUCUAUUUAG